UUCGGACUGACCAAACUACGUGGUCGCCGUUUUAGUCGUCAGGUAACUCUUCGCCUUCUUAUUUAUACCGAGGAACGCUUGCGUGCAACUACAAGCUAGCUUUCUCAGCGAGCAACAAAGCCAAUAGGAACACAGCAUCGAUCAUCAUCCAUGGCAAAGAAGAAGGUAGUGCUGAAGGUAUCCAUGGAAGAUGCUGAGAAGCGCGCCAAAGCGAUGCGGUGUGCCGUCGGACUGCAUGGUGUUGUGUCAGCCUCGCAUGAUGGGGACAACAUAACAGUGGUGGGGGAAGGGAUUGAUCCAGUGGCUUUGGCGAAGUUACUGAGAAAAAAAAUGGGGCGUGUAGACCUGACGAUGGUAACAGAUGUAGAGGAGAAAAAGGAGGAGAAAAAGGAGGCAGAAGCCAAGAGCAUAAAUAAUCAACCAAUUGUUUUGAUUCAACCACCCUGUUAUCAUGGUGCACCACACUACUAUGCUGAUGAUGUCUGUUAUCCUGAAUUAAACUGCUCUAUCCUGUAAAAGUGGCUUCAUUUUCUUCUCUUAUUUUUAUUUGUCUCCCUUAUUCUUGUGAAGCUAAGGGUGUGUUUUAAUGAUUCGGUGUUGGGAAAAAAUAAAAUUGGAAU